AUGACCUUAAACGGGCUACUCAGAUUCAACCAAAGGGCUGCAUAUGGCCCAGGAGCUGUACAAUACCCUGAUAUCCCAGACCAGUGCUCGCCGUCGCCAUGCAACCCCAGAGGUACGGUGCGCUGCGAGGACAAAAAGGGCGAUUUCCUGUGUCACUGCUUCACCGGCUGGACAGGGGCCAGAUGUGAGAAAGAUGUGGACGAGUGCGAGACGAGGAACGGCCGCUGUGACCACGAGUGCAACAACACGAUGGGCAGUUACCGCUGCUCCUGUCACCAUGGAUACACACUGUCAGGGCGGCACUUAUGUAACGAUGUGAAUGAGUGUGAAGACCCCUCGGUUUGUGGGACAGCUGAUUGCCUGAACACAGAGGGCAGUUUCAAGUGUCUGUGUGAGCCUGGGUUUGUUUACGACAACGAGACCAAGAGCUGCCUGGAUGUGGAUGAGUGCGAGUCCAGUGUUUGUGCCGAUGAAUGCCUGAAUGUUCCUGGGAGUUUCCGGUGUUUUUGUGACGGACGUCAGGGCAUGAAGCUGUCCCAGGACCUCAGGAGCUGUAAGCCCAUUACUCCAUGUAUUUCACCGUCUUUGAAAAGGAAUCCUCAGUCCCUGUAUCUGGGACGCACCUUCAGUGGAGUAGUACCUGUGGUGAGGCUUCGGUUUCGCAGAACAUCUAAAACAGGAUUUUCAGCAGAGUUUGAUUUCCGUACCUAUGAUUCUGAGGGAGUGAUAUUUUUUGCUGGAGGUCACUUGAAUAGCUCAUGGAUUGUGCUCGCAAUGCAUGAUGGGAAACUGGAGUUGCAGCUGAAGUACGGUGCAGUGAGCAGGGUCACCAGCAGUGGAGCUGUGGUCAACGAUGGACAGUGGAGAAAGAUCUCGGUGGAGGAGCAGGGCCGCAGUCUGGUGAUAAAGAUCGACCGAGAGGCUGUGAUGAAGAUCGCGGUUAAUGGGGACCUGUUCACUCUGAAGAAGGGUCUGGGGCUGCACGAGCUGAACCUGACCGUGGGAGGGGUCCCUUUUAAAGAAGACGGUUUGGUCAAUAAAGUGAACCCUCGUUUGGAUGGUUGUAUGAAGGAUUGGCGCUGGUUGACCGGAGAAGACACCUCGAUCCAGCAGACGGUUCAGUCCAAUGAGAACAUGCAGUGUUUCAGCACAGAGGACCCUGGGGCCUUUUUCAAUGGGACAGGAUUCGCCUUUUUCAACAGAAGCUUUACAGAUUCACAAAACCUGAGUGUCCACUUGAGUCUGCGCGCCACUUCUGGGAUCGGGGUCUUGUUUGCUCUCAUUUACCAGGACCGGGUUCCUCUGUCCAUUUCUUUAGCCGACUACCAUCCAGGGACAGAUGAGUGGAGAGAUUUUGUCCUGGUUACGUCCGGUGACGCCAUAGUGGCCAGUUCCCCCAGUCCUCUGUGUGACGGAGAGGGUCAUGGGAUUGAAGUGACGAUUUCGGCCAAUCAGACGUUGCUCCUGAUUGACGGGCAGCCAGGACGAAGUGGCGACACUGUAGUUCCCAUGGAGAUCCUGCCUCAGUCCAGCACGUUCAUAGGAGGACUACCAGACGUCCCCCUGGUGUCCACUCUGGUGUCUGCAUCCUACAGCGGCUGCAUGGAGGUCAGUGUAAACGGACAGCAGCUGGAUCUGGACCAAGCCACCCACAAACACAACGACAUCCGCUCUCACUCCUGCCCCCUGCUGGACUUCUACCAGUGAUGCACAUAAGUAACAGUAUUUAUUAAACCAGGACUUUGCUAAUACAGACUGAAUAGAAAACAUCUAACCAGGUUUUGUGGUCCAGUUGGUGCUUAGAUCAUUGUUUUGUGACACUGUUGCUUAAAGGCAUUAGCUGGGCUUUUCAGUGUUUAUUUGAAAUGGCACAUAUAUUAGCAGCAGAAGAGGCAAUAAGUGCUGGACAAGAUUGUCUUAACACUGCCCGUGUACUAUUAGCCUUGAUAUUAGCCCCAUAAGAACACACAGGGCCUUAAAAUGGGGUCGAAGCUAAGCUUGCAGAGGUGGGAAGUAAGUAGCAAAGAUCAUUUUUGAGUGUAAACAUACUCGGACUUGAGUGUCUGAAAUAACACGUUUCAUGUACUCGAGCAAAAGUUUUAUUAUAAUCAUAUUUUUAUUUGAUUAUUUUUUUGUAUCCCAUUGGUGAAUCUUGCAGUCUGUACUUUUUACUUUUAUUGUUUUAUUUAUAAUUAACAAUUUUGUUGAUGACUUUUACUUAUAAUUUCGUACUUUUGAGUAGCUUUUACAGAGUACUUGGUUUGAGUAUUUCAUCCACCUCUUUACACCAUGAUCUGUAUCUUUAGUGAAAUCACUCACUGCAACAAUUUUUGAUAACAUUUUAUAAUAACUACUGCUCCUUAAUGAAGUAUGAACAAAGACUUUAUAAUUAACAAAUUGUGUAUUCAGAAUGAUUCAGGCUUAGUAACAUCUUAGUUAAAGUGCUCAUAAUAAGCUAUUUAUAAUGUUAUUUCUUCAUCAAAAACAUACCUGGAGUUGUGUUUUGUUUAAUUUACAUGUUUAACACACAAAACCUGUGUAUUUGUGCUGAGUUCUUCUCUCAAACAGAAAACGCACUGUUCCACCUUUUGAUGUCAUGUGGUAAUACAGGAAGUGCUCCACUGUGUUUUAAAGCUCCUUUACAAAAUCUUUUGGAUAAUUUCAGCCCUAGAAUGGCCUCACUCUACUAAACAAAACAUAAAAGGAGCUGUUAACUUGAAAACUACCGCUUCAUGACAUCAGAAGGUGGAACAAAGCAUUUUGAGCUUUGGAGAUGUGUAGACAGACUAAUCAUGAUGGGUUACUCAGAUAUGUUUGAAUGAAAUAAAACACAGCUCCAAGUAUGUUUUUGUUGAGGUAAAACAUUCCAGCAUGGUCUAAAGCUCACAAGAGUCAAUUUUGUGUAAUAUAGGACCUUUAAUAAACAAUUUGUUCAUUAUAACUUAAGUCUUUGCUCAUGCUUUAUGAAGACUAAUGUGCAGUUACUAUAAAAUGUUACCCAAUUUUCUGGUUGCAUUCAGUUCAAUUGUGACCCCUAGUGGCAAAACCUGAAGCCAAACAAGACGAGGACCAUUAUAACCAACAGGUGCUCUGAUAGUUACUUCAAAUGGGGUCACUGUAGUAAAGUAGGUCCCUGGUUAAUGUUAAUAGGAACGGAGGUGUGCUCACAAUGCUGCAUUUAGCUGCUUUCUGUGAAAAAGUAAAACUUGCACAUUGUUGCAGAUGGACAUGGACCACACAGUGAAGCCAUUUGUGUAAUAAUAAAACUCUCCAUGUCCCUCUGCAGCAUCAAUUGAACCACGUGCCUCGAGUAACAACACACCCUGUAGAUGUAGUACUGUAACUGAGAUGCUACUCAUGUAAAUAGAAAUAAUCCACAUAGUACAGACCACAAGUGUUAGAGGAGAAGUUUGUGAUUUCCUUUACUUUUCAUACAUAGACUGUAUAAAGAAGUGGAAAAGUUUAAUAAAAAAUAGACAAAAUAGCAAAAUAAAAACACUAGUAUCAUGUAGAGUGGGUUAAUACGAACAUUUUAAGACCAAAAUGACAGGUCGAUGGAGGCGGAAGAGACCCCAUGGUCAAUUUCUAUUUGAAACACGGCAUCUAGUGGAUCAGCUAUGUCUAUUUAUAUACAGUCUAUGGUUUCAUAUAGUUUUUUUCAAGCAGUAUUAGUAAGUAUAAUGGACAAAACGAACCUUUACAGCUAGAAAUCUUACAAUGCUUACAUGCUUAGGCUUGUAAAACUGCAUAUUAAAGAUGUAUACAUUUAUAGUUUUAUAUAGGUUAUACCGUUGUCACUAUUGUUUCAUAGUCUAAUGUUUAUUUUGCUAUAAUUUACUCAAACUGACAAUUUCAAGUAAUCUUAUUGUUUUUCAAAUCCUGUAUCAAGAUAUAUUUGUCCAAAAAUCUUUAACCUUUCCACAACACGGCAGAGCGCAUAAUAAUGAACCGUUAUUAAAAGCUGAUCACUGUUUAAUUAUAUUUUUAUACAUAAUUACAGCUCACUUACUUCUCCUUUAAAACCCAAACUUUCUGUCCCUGUUCCUCACCUUUGCCACUAAAGCACAGGGAGCGUGAGGGGGGAGCAUCGGCUGCACCACGAGCUACUGAGCGACAGCGCUGUGUAUGAUAGAGAUGUGUAAAUAUGUGUAUGGCUUUAUAGAGAAAACAAACACUACCUUUUGCUGUGCUUUGAUUUGAUUCAGAAUGGUGCAACUUCAUAUAAGGGCCUUAAGUUAAAGGUGCAUUAAAGACACACCAUGAAACUUUUUGGUUCGGGGUCUGUCACCUACUUGUUUCUAUGGGUAUGUCAUUGUUCUGCCUUGAAUGUCCCACAGUAUGACAUUAAACAGCUCUGCCUUACAUUUAUUAAAUUACAGGUGUUUUAUUGUUCAAAAAUAGCUAGAAAAACUGGCAUUUUGACCGUGUCGCCUCUGCACAGAUCUGACCUGUAACUUGGUCUCAUUUGCUCACCAUGACAGGAGAAAGGUUUAAUACCGUACUGUGAUCUCCAUGGAGAAAAGGAUUUGAUGAACCCUCCACCAGAAAAGUUACACAGUGCACCUUUAAGCUAAAAGUGCAUUAUGUAAUGUUGUGUUUUUUGGUGGAGGGUUCAUCAGCAGUCCCAUAAACUUUCUAUUUAGAUGGACAAAGCAGGUGGCCACCAGUUUAAUGUCUAAUUUUCCAGGAAAAGCAAUAACAUCUCCACGGAGACAACAAAAAGCGGAUCCCUUUACCAAAAAUGUUAUAGUGCACCUUUAAGGAGUUACAGUACGUGUGUCAUUCAUUGAGUUAACAUCUUAAGUUUAGGGACCAUUAUUAAAGGCUAACUAAGUUUUAACUGGCACGAUAUUGUCUCACACUAUGGAAAUUCUAGUGUUGCUUUGUUAUUCACCUGUUAAAGCACUUCUGUGUCCUGUAACAUUAAUUGCUUAUAUUGCAAAUAAUUAGAGGAUAAUUUAAUGUUGAAAGAAAUGUAAUGGCUAAGCAAGUCAUUUUCAAAUAUGCACAGAACAAAGCAUAUAAAGAUCUAUUUAACCAUUUCUGUGCUUUAUUACUAGUUUACCAAUAAUAUGUGGUCCUUAAGUAUUACCUUAUUUGAUUGUUGUUUUGUCCAUUUCAGUAUUGUUUUACUCUUUUAUUAGUUAGUAUAGUAGUUAGUUUAGUAGUUAGUUAGUUUGUUAAAUACAUAGUCUUCACAUUUCUAGCCUAUUAUUUGUACUCAGGCCCUUGUUUUAAAAUUGCACCUCCAAAGUCUGUGUUCCUUUUUGAAUGAAUUUGAAACUGCAUGUGAUUAGAAGAAUGAGUAAAUGCGGAGAAACCAAAAAUGAGGAUGUUGAUCUUUUUCUCUGAGUUUAAAUACAUUUUAGGUGCUUCAGCAUUUCACUAAAACACAGAAUGUAGUUUGCCAAAGGGCUCUCACCGUUUCCUCAUUUCCUGUUUUAUUGUACAUUUUAGGUUUUGAUGAAUAAAUGCCAAAUGUAGAGCUUGAUGAUGUUUUUAUCACAUGUGUGGUAUGUUUAUCUUUUAGUUUUUAAUUUUCACUUUUACUGCCAGUAUGUGUACAAUCCUGAGUGAUGUUUGCUUUUUGGUUUCUGUUUCCUCAACAGUUAAAAUUAUAUUUAAAACAAAAUAAAAGCAGUAAACUGGAUUUUAAAACAAA